AGGAGAAGUCCACGAGCAGACGAGCUUCAGAGGGUCGCUGAGGUCCAGUGCGCAUCAGGUGCGCUUCAAGGACGCACGUCCGAGUCGCAACCCGACGCCCUGCAGUGCUCAGACGCGGCGAGCGAUUUGUCGGACAGCUUUUUUUUUUUUUUUUUUUUUAAUGGGGUUUCAUUAAAUACCUGUAAAUUUAAAGUGGGAAUUAAGACGCCGUCCUCGCCUUUGGAUCAACCAUGAACGAAUCCGAGUGCGCCUGGUUCGUGGAGGAGCCGCGGAAUCUCACCAAGACGGGAAACCAGAAACUUUUGUUCGGCAUCGGCGUGGAUAAUUUCAUCACGCUGCUGGUGUUCGGGCUGAUCUUCACCCUCGGGGUGCUCGGCAACUCCCUGGUCAUCACCGUGCUCGCCCGCAGCAAACCUGGGAAACCACGCAGCACCACCAACAUCUUCAUCCUCAACCUGAGCAUCGCAGACCUCUUCUACCUGCUCUUCUGCAUCCCGUUCCAGUCCACCAUCUACAUGAUGUCGUCCUGGGUGCUGGGCGUGUUCAUCUGCAAAUUCAUCCACUACUUCUUCACCGUGUCCAUGCUGGUCAGCAUCUUCACCUUGUCUGCCAUGUCCGUGGACCGUUACAUUGCCAUCGUGCACUCCAGGAAGUCCUCCUCGAUCCGGGUGGCCAAGAAUGCUCUCCUGGGUGUAGUGGUGAUCUGGAUCCUGUCUCUGACCAUGGCAUCCCCGGUCAUGUACCACCAGAACAUCUUCCAUAGAGACAACGACACCUUCUGCUGGGAAGAGUGGCCCAAUCAUAACCAGAAGAAGCUCUACGUGGUUUGCACCUUUGUCUUCGGAUAUGUGCUGCCACUUCUGCUCAUCUCCUUCUGUUACGCCAAGGUUUUGAAUCACCUGCACAAAAAGCUAAGGAAUAUGUCUAAAAAGUCGGAGGCAUCAAAGAAAAAGACGGCUCAGACGGUGCUGGUGGUGGUGGUGGUGUUCUGUCUCUCGUGGCUGCCUCAUCACAUGGUCCAUCUCUGGGUGGAGUUCGGGACCUUCCCCCUCAACCAGGCCUCCUUCGUCCUGCGGAUCGCGGCCCACUGCCUGGCGUACAGUAACUCGUCCGUCAACCCGGUGAUAUACGCCUUCCUCUCGGAGAACUUCAGGAAGGCGUACAAGCAAGUGUUCAAGUGCCAGAUGGGCACCAGCACCUCGCCGCUCAAUGACAUUAAGGAGAUCCGCAGCAAGGCGGAGACGCCGCCGUCCACCAACUGCACCAACGUUUGACAGACAGGGGGCGGCGGUGACCUUUAAGAAGAUUAUUAACUGCAUUCAUAUGCUGCAGAGACAGCAGUGAGUGGGCUUUUCUUUAUCCUUCUGUUGCUGUUCUGUUGUUGAUUUCGCAACAAUAUCUUUCCACAAAAGCGCUGGUAAACUUGGAAAAGAGGGGAGACAAAGCCUCUGCGGCCACCAACGCUGCUUCUGUAUUUUACUGUAAUAAAAGUUCAACCAAAAUUGUCAUGCAAGAGGAGUUUUGCGUUUCGCUAGUAAUGUUCUUUCAUUUAAAAGCUUGUUGUUUCGUGUUUUUUAUGGAGCAACAGCGGUCAGCAUGGGCCUCCCUUUAAAAAAUAAGCAGGAAAUGUAUCGUUUUUAUUGCUGUGCUCAAUAAUAUGAUGACCCACGUACGUAUACAUUUAAUGUCUAAAUGUCGUUGACGUAAACACGAGCAGCUUAUGUGGUGUAUUAGUUGUGUGCUAUAGUAAUCUAAUGAACUCAACAAAAUAUUGACUUGAACUGGACAUAAGCUGGACAAAAAUAUAUCCUACUUUCGAUCGUUUUUUUGGUUCAACCGGGCCGUGUCAGACAUGUGUCAUAGAACACAUGGCUACUGCAGUUGAACCUUUUUUUUUUAACGGUACUAUUCACCUCCACUUCUGCGAGCAAGAGUUUGUAAAAAUCAAUUGAACCAAAUAGAGCUUUGUUGAAUGUAGCCAUUUUUAAUAUGAUGGUAGCUAUUUCAUACUGUCAGCCAUUUUCCUAAAUGGACACAAACCAAACAGCUUACAAGACAUGAGUGUGAGGGAAAUUGGAAAUUAGUGUAUGUUCACCCACCGAGUGUCAGGUAAAGUACUACUAGUACUGCUACUAAUGACUUCAGUACAGAAAAAAACAACAUCAGUAGUGAGAAGGAAUCACCAUAAAUAUGAAUGUUUAAGCUUCAUAAGGUUCAAACUUGUCCCGUCUCACAAAUGCUGACUGAAACAUGUCCAUGAUCCAUGAGUAACAAUGAGUUCAUUCUAAUAUCUGGCUCUGGAAAGUUUUAAAUGCCCAAGUUUUCUUUGCACAUUCCAAUUCCUUCCUGAAUCCUCGAUCCUUAACCCUCAACCUUAGACCUCAAAACCAAGUGUUCGAAAUGGGACACCCUUUAAAUGCAGAUGCAUCCUUAGAGUGUGGGGGAGCAGCAUUAAAAGUGGUGUUCAAUCUAUCAAUUCCGAAUAAGACGAAGACUGCCAAAAAAAGUCGGAAAAUAAAAGUAAAUGUCAUGCAAGAAUGAGGUAAAUUAUCUGUCAAAUGGACUAAGAUAAUAGAGUGUUUUUUGCAAUAUGUAUUUACGAAAAUUCUUUGCUUGCAUUCUUCUCCGCCAUUUUUUAUUGGCUGAAAGAUAUAGAAAGCAUUCUGGGUUCUCUGGGUAUCCCUCAAUCUCAAGUUUCAAGACGAGACUUUCCUCAGUCUUGCUCCUCAACUUAACUUCCUGAGAACCGCGACGGCCCUUGCACUUGGAGGUGCCACACAUUUUUUUGGUUUAGACCUGCAAGUGAGGAUUAAGGAAGGAAUUGAAACUCACAAUUAUAAUGUGGCUUUGUUGUUGUACAUAUCCACCGCUGGUGUUUCAGUCAUGUAUUGCAUCUCUUUGGCAUCUUUAGCAGUUUCUGAUCGCUGAAUGACUGAGCCAAGCAUUCGCACUUUUACCAGCUAAAAAAGAAAUGUCUUCACUGGUGGCAUAUUUUUUAUUACCUCAUAAACAAAAGUGACAUCACACGGUUGUAAAUAUGUAGGUCGACGCUGUUCAAAUGUUUGGUGACAGUCGCAGCAAAAGAAACAGAAUUGUAAGAUUGUAAAUAUAUUUAUGAGUAAAUUUCGCUUACAUAUGUAAACGCAUACGUGCGGUGGAAGUUCAUGGUUCUUUUUCUGUCUGUAGAAGUUUUUUUUUUCUUCAAGAGCAACUGAUGAGACAUCUGCCUGAGUGGAGGAACUAAUGGGCCUCAUCAGAAGACUUUCUUGGGGAUUGCUUGCCGACUGCUGAGGGUGAUUCAGGCUACAGAAAUGUGGCACAGAAAGGAGAUUGUACCACUUCAUCACGCUAACCUUUGUGUCAUCUAAGUGUUCAUUUUGAACCACUUAGCCAUGAACCAGUGAAAUCUUUUCCAUGAGUUCCUCAGUACAUUCCAGGCAAAUACCGCUCAUAUUCCAUCUCAGCGAACAAACCCUGCAUUUGUUGAUCUACACCCCGACACAUCAGCUCUGUUGUACCUACAUAAUGCAUUAAUGCAAUAUAUAAGGUUAAAACUCUCCCAUGAGCCAUUGCUCCUUGCUACUUGUUUGCAGCUAAAGACAGAAAAAUACACAUCUGAUGCCUUUAUAAAAACACAGCAUACAGUCAGUUUCAUGAAAACAUUCAAUACAAUUUUUGGCUCACAGAAAAAAGCAUUUCCUCGCUGGGAUGUACCUUGAGCCACAAUUGGCUCUGCUGAGUUCCAGAUUCCUCAAAUCUCUUCCAGGUUUUCCCUAGAAACCUCCAAAACUUCCUAAGUUUAGACAGAACUAUGGAACAAGAAAAAUCAAACAGUCCCAGUGAUUGUCUAAUGCUUCGCAUCAUUGUUUAAAUGUAAAAAAGUGGAGAAAACAAAACACAAACAAAAGGCAUUUGUAAUUUUAAAUGAGUCUGGCUCACGAAUUAUACUUUAUUUUAAUCUUAAGUGUCCUGCACACUAAGAUAAAGCAGUUUGACUGAGGUCUACCACUCAAGAAUAUUCAUUUUAUUUAACGUGGUUAGACAGUCGGCAGUGAAAUCUGCUGCUCCUCCUUGUCGUUCUUCACCAUUCAAAUAAUGGACAGAAAAUUCUUAUUAUUUUGAGACUUUAUUGGUCCUUAUAAAACGCAAGUGUAAGCGUCACAUACUGACUAUCGUCCAAUGUUCAACUGAAUCCAAUGUUUCCCCUUCCUCUAGGGUGAGGAUGCUGGGGUGGAGGGGUUGACUUUGGUGUCAACAUCAGGCACAAUGUCAAGUGAAGAUAUUCUCUAUUCGACACCAUGGGAGUAAGAUUGGGUUGCGGAAAUGUAAAAGGCUGAUCUCUGCAUCACCCUGGGACGCAAAAGUCCACUUGUGUAUAGUUGGUGUGUGACGCUUAGGAAUGAGAAUGUAAAGAGGAAAAUACAAUUCCCCAUACAUGUAUCAAAGCUGAUGCAUCUGGUGCCAAUGUGUGAAUAAUGUUCUUCCUGAUAAAAUGAAGCAUAACAUACGGUUGUUGCAGUAACAGGAAGCUCACACUCGAAGCAUGUGCCAGUGGAUGUGGCCCUUGUUCAGCAGGUUCUCCAAUGGAAGUCCUUGUUCCACAUGACAGUUAUAUGAGCCAAAAACUACUCACCACAGUUUGAAAAAAAAAUCUGAGGCAGCAUAAAAACAAUAACUUAUAUUUCCAGUACCAUCAGUGUUGGGUGAAAGAAGUCAUCCUGUCAAUGGCAUCAUAAAGACCCAGUUGGUGGAUGGCACUUCAGUCACCACGGCGUAUUUUGCUUUUCUACGCUUCAUGUAUCACUGGAUUUUAAACUUUAAUUUCAUGUUUAAACAAAACACAAUGUAGUGGUAACACCAACAAAUCUGGCACAUUUUCAGCGAUUUGAAGUUCUCUUCAUGAAGUAAGUGUAUCACAGCAUC